UUGUGUUGCCGGACUCGACGAGCAGGAUUGACCGUGAACCCCACGUAGACGCGGCCCCGAUGCCGAGGGUUCUGGCAGUAGAGCAGCUAUGGAACUCAGCGCCGACUACCUCCGCCAGAAGCUGCAGCGGGAUCUGGAGGCGGAGCACGUGGAGGUGGAGGACACGACUCUCAACCGUUGCGCGACCAGUUUCCGAGUCCUGGUGGUGUCAGCUAAGUUUGAAGGGAAACCACUGCUUCAGAGACACCGGCUGGUGAAUGAGUGUCUGGCAGAAGAGCUCCCACACAUCCAUGCCUUUGAGCAGAAAACCCUGACCCCAGAGCAGUGGACCCGGGAGCGUCGGAAAUGAGGGACCCCGAUCUGCGCAGCCAUUAAAUUAUAAACCAAGUCACUUCUGUGUCUGUGUUGUGUUGGGGAGGGGUGCUGAGACUGCCCUGAGAUUGAGUCUAGGCUUUAGCUUCUGCCUGUGUUUUACCAUGGGCAAAUUGCUAUCCCAAUCUGGGCCCCUAGGUCUUUAAAAGUCCUUUCUAGGGCCUUCUUUGCAGGCCUUCUGUAUAGAACUCUAGGGGUCUGUCCUGCCACUAAUCACCCAACCCUCAGAGAGCAGGUGGUUCCUGCUCUAUGCUAGCCUUCAAGAUGCAGAAAUGAACCCAGCAGGUGGCUUAUGACUGUAAUCCUAGCUAUUUAGGAGC